CUAACGUUUCUGAAUUCCAUAGUUAGCCACAUUUUAUUCACAUACCGCUUCUACUACAACUAUAACAACAAACUUAGAAAUCAAAACGAUUCCAUCAAAUCUGCUAAGUGACAAAUAUUUUAGGACCACAAGAUCGCCACGGAAAAGAAAAUCUGUAAAAAAAGAUGAUGAUUACUGUCCUGUGUCAGAACACAAAUCAAAGAAACCUCUAGGACAACAGGUCACAAAGAAACAGAAAAGAGCGUAUGUCGCUAACAAAACUUGGAGUUGCAAAAAAUGCUCAAUGUCCUUCACAACCAGAAAGAUGAUGUUGAGUCACAAAAAAACUGAGCACCCUAAAACAGACGAGGAGGUGCACACCUUCAAAUACGACGAACUACAAGACCUGUACAUCUGCAACACCUGCUCUGCCGAGUUCCAAGAGAAAGAAGACGCCGAAAAACACCUGCCUACGCACGACGAAAACUUCCAAUGCGAAGUAUGUCACAAAAAGUUCAAAAGGGCCUACGAUUACGGCACACACGCUCACACGCAUCGUGCCGACAAAAUGUUCCCUUGCCCGAUGUGCCCUUACAAGACAAUGCGGAGAACCAGUUUCAUGGUACAUAUAAACUACGUACAUCUCAAGAAGUUUUCGUAUUUCUGUGACACGUGCGGAAAGGGCUUUAAUGAUGCUUUGCUGGCAAAGGAGCAUCGAAAUGAACAUUUGGGGAUCAAGCCUUUUGUCUGUGUCGUGUGUGAGAAGACUUUCACGUUCUCUAGAUAUUUGUACACUCACCAAGUACGCAGUCAUAGAGUGGGUAUAGAAGGGCAACUAUUACCAAAUCAGUGCUUUUAUUGUAGUAAAGUGUUCAGCAAAAUGGAAACGUUGGAAAAACACUAUAAUCAGAGGCACUUGAGCACUGGCCCUCAGGAGAAAAAACAUUUAUGCGACACUUGUGGAAAGGGGUUUUCACAGAAGAAUAAAUUGAAGAUUCACUACAGGGUCCAUACGGGCGUGAAACCCUACAGCUGCUCGUACUGCGAAAAGAGCUUCACGAAAAAAGACUACCUAGUGAUGCACGAACGAGUGCACAGCGGUGAGAAGCCGUACCAGUGCAAGUUUUGCGGAAAAUGUUUCAGCCAAGGUGCGCCGCUGAGGAUCCACUUGCGGACGCACACAGGCGAACGCCCCUACGUAUGCCUGUUCUGUAGCACUGGCUUUACCUCCAAGGGGGCGCUGAAUAUGCAUUGUAAAAAUUGCGAAGGAGGGAUGUAGUUAAGAGACGAUAGGCGCGGGCCUAGACUUAAUGUUAGGUUCUUCUGGAUUUGCUUUAAAUUACACAAUUUUGAAAAAAAAAAUAUCCAACGGAAGCGAAAGUAAUAUGAGAAGCCAUAAUUUUUUUAUUGUGUUGUUUUAUGUUGUGCUUAGGUUCUGUUUAUGUAAGGUACCCGGGGGUAAUAAGGCCCACCUAAGAAAUUAUAAUUAAUAUCUACGAGAGAAGUUUACUUUUUCAAACUUUUAUUAUUAUAAAAAAUAGAAAACAACACAACAUAAUGGUAAUGUUUGAACACAAAAUAAUCAUGCGAAUCACGCGAACAUUAAAAAAAUUGUCUUCUGGGCCUUAAAGCCUGCAAGUGCAUAUAAUAAGGCCCAUAUUUAAAUGAACAAAAAACAAGUCAAACGAAUAAACAAAACACAAAAAAAAUCAAAAAAUAAAAAGAAAAUAUUAAAAUAAUGAUAUCCAAACAUAAAUAUCAAAAAUAUCCCUUUGGGCCUUAAUAUCUGCAACGACAUAUAAUGAGAUUUGAAUGAGAGAUAAAAAAAUAACAGUUCAACAAAAUACUGAUAGAAUAAAAAAUAAAUGUAACACACUAAAAAAACAGUAUCAAAGAUAAAAUAUGGUAUUAAGUAUAAAUCUAAUACUUAAGGCAUACAGUCUGGACACAAAAAAUUUUCAGUAUCGUCCGCAGUCAAACCAGCACAAUCCUCAUGGAUCCAAAAACCACAAGAAGCACAUCGUCUCAUAUCUGCUACAUAGUCUUCGUAGCAAAUCACACAGUGCCAUUCUUCGUUAUGUUCUUUUGUUUUCGAUGCAAUGGAAGACACAGAUUCAGAUGGCGAUUUAGCGGUAUUCGAUAAGACUGGAACGGGAUCAAGUUGAGACUCCACCUCCUUUAAAAAUACGGAUCGCUUGACUUCAACUGCUUUGUAAUUUCUAGCUUUACGUCUUGGAGCAGAUUUUUUUUGACUAGAUCUGGUGUUGGUAACACUUCCGCGAAGGGAUUAUUCAAAGGGAUUAUUUUUUUACGCAAUUCAACUAAAGGCAGGUAGUCAUCUGAAUCAUAUUCCGAAUCAUCGGCAGCGGCGGUCGUCUCCUGGUAAGGUUUCUCAGUUGCAAGACUUGGGGCAAAUGCUUCAAUGGGAAGAACAUCCUUAUCAUAAGGGCAUAUUCCCGUAGCUCGAAAGCCGCUUGUAAUAUUUCCAAUGGACAUUGCUUUCUGCCAUGUAGGUGUGAAAACUUCAGAAAAUCUCUCCCUGUUUAAAUCACGUGUAGGAUGUUUAUCCCAGUACUUUAACAAUUCAUCGUCCCAAUAAGCUUCAAAUGCUCGAAAUAUAGCUUUGUCCAUCGGCUGAAGCUCAUGGGUGGUGUUACUCGGCAGACAAUAUAAGUGAAUCUCAUGAGCUUCUGCUUUCUCAGCAAUGCUAAUAUCCAAAUGGCAUUUGGCCCCAUCAAAAAUUGAAAUUACUGGCGGAGGCGACAUGUAUUCAAUGAAAUGGUCUAACCACUUAUCAAACGUUUCUAUCGUCAUGCUCCCUUUAGGCGUCAUCAUAACUUUUGAGCCAGCCGGUAAGCCAUCUGAGUAGGUUGGCUUCAUUCUCUUGCCCUUAAAAAGAAUGACAGGCGGUAUGGCAUGUCCGAGAGCAUUAGCGCAAGCGACGAUAGUUGCGUUUUCGGCGUGUUCAUGAGAAAUUACAUGCACUCGUUUUGCUCCUUUGGCUGCCAGAACGUUUUGUUGGUGGUGAAGUGUUAAGCGGCAACCCUUCUCGUCCAUAUUAUAAAUUUUUGCUUCUUUAUUUUUUAACUGAGUGCGCUCCUAGUUUUUUGAUAUGAUCUUCUACGAUAAAACGAUUUAAUUUUUGGGCUCUUGCUGGAUUCAUGAAUUGAGAUCGACGUUUUGAUAUUCUCGGAUGAUUUUUCAGAAAAGUCCUUACCCACUCCCUACCAGCGAGACAAGUUCCCUGAUUGAAACAAUGCUUAAUUUUCUUUUGCUCAACAUACCUGAACACAGACCUUCGUAAUGCUUUUGGUGUUAGCGGAAAACCUUUAUCGGCUAGCCGAAUUAUUUUAUUCUCAAGGUCAGUCUCUUCAUUAUCGGUCAAAAUUGUUUGUCUACCUAGUUUUCUCUUCACGCUUUGUGAUUUAAUGUGGUUCCUAAGUGUUCGUCUGGGUAUUCCGCAUUUUUGUUCCACCCAGCGCUGAGAUUUUCCCUCGUUAAUAUAAUUUAAUGCCUCUCUCAUCAUCUCUUCAUCCCAAUUUGCCCUUAUCCCUCUGCUUUUUUUACCCAUCUUCUGUAAAAGAAUAAAUAAAUCUAAUGAAUACGUGUAUUCAUGGCGGCAGAAAAUAAAGCCCAAGCCUUUUUCAAUGCAUUGUAGAAAAUAAGGCCCGGGCCUUAUAACCUGUAGCACAAUAACAUUAAUUUUGAGGUUAUUAAACAACAAACAAACCCAACAUAAAAAGAAACGCUACGUAAAAUGAAACUAUCAGAUACAUAGAUUAUCAUGCAUACAUAAUGAAAAAUCUACGUAUUAUUAAAACAAUUUAAUUUGCUUACUUACCGGUCGAAAUUCUUAUAAAAUACAGCACAGCGAAACGUGACACCAUAGAACAAGCCAGGAAGCUCAUAAGCAUAGAACAAAAUUACAUUUCCGGCAACAGUAAUACUAAAUAUUAUUAACAGAUGGCGAUAUAAAUAUUUUAGGCGCUUUCCUUUGGGCAAACCAGCGUUGGGCCUUAUUACCCCCGGGUACCUUAUUUUAAUUCACACUGUAUUGUAUUUGAAAUCCAUUUUAACCUCAUUUUUAAUUGAAGCAUGCUUAGUGCAUUGAGGGUAUCCCAAAAUUAACGCAAGUUUGGAAUUAAAUAUACACAGUUUUGAGUCUUUAGACUGUUAUUUUUUAUUAAAUAUAAAACACAUUUUUCUAUUUUUAUUUAUUUUCUAAUAAGACCCGUAUCUGUAU